AUGAUGGCCUCCUCGCGGCCCCAAGGCGCCAUGGCCGACCCCAUGCACGCUUACCGCGCCAAGCGGGACCGCGAGCGGCGCACUGUGCUCAAGGCCUACAAGAUUCUGGGCUUCAUCUCUUCCGGAACGUACGGGCGCGUGUAUAAGGCGGUGCUCCUCGCACCACCGAAGCCCAACGGCAAGAGCGCCUUGCCCAGCUCUGCCCGUGCCGCCCUCGGCGUGGCCAAGUCCCCAUCACCGUUCAUCUCCGACGACCCUUUAAAUAACCCCGAACUUUGUAUGCGCCCAGGUGACCUUCCUGCAAAGGAGGGUGACGUCUUCGCUAUCAAGAAGUUCAAGCCCGACAAGGAGGGCGAUCAACAGACGUACGCGGGCAUCUCGCAGAGUGGCGCUCGCGAGAUCAUGCUAAACCGCGAGCUGCACCACCGCAACCUUGUCGCACUACGAGAGGUCAUUCUGGAAGACAAGGCGAUCUACAUGGUGUUCGAGUACGCGGAACAUGACUUCUUACAAAUCAUUCACCAUCACUCGCAGACGUUGCGCACGGCGAUUCCCCCAACGACGCUGCGCCGCCUGUUGCACCAGCUGCUGGCAGGGUUACACUUCCUCCAUUCCCAGUUCGUCAUGCAUCGCGACCUCAAGCCGGCCAACAUCCUCGUCACAAAUACUGGCGUCGUGAAGAUUGGUGAUCUGGGUCUGGCGCGGCUCUGGCACAAGCCACUAGCGCAAGGCGGACUGUACGGGGGCGACAAGGUCGUUGUGACCAUCUGGUAUCGUGCUCCUGAGCUCAUCCUGGGCUCAAAGCACUACACGGCCGCUGUUGACCUCUGGGCUGUCGGUUGCAUCUACGCCGAGCUGUUAUCGCUCAGGCCCAUUUUCAAGGGCGAGGAGGCGAAGCUCGACAGCAAGAAGACCUUACCUUUUCAGCGUGACCAAAUGGCCAAGAUCUGUGACGUCCUGGGCGCUGUGAAGCCGGAGCACUGGCCAGGUGUUGUCAACAUGCCGGAAUGGAAGACAUACUUGGCUCAAGGACCUUAUCCUACCGCCUCGCCCUUACCGACAUGGUACGCGAACCGAGCUGGCUCGAGCAACGGCUACGACCUUCUUACGAAGCUGUUCGAGUGGGACCCAGCGAAGCGCAUUACGGCGCGAGAGUCGCUUGCCCACCCAUGGUUCCAGGAGGAGGGUGGUUGCAACUUCGACAGCGUCUUCGAAGGUGCCAACGUCAAUUACCCGCAUCGUCGUGUCACGCACGAGGACAAUGGUGACCCCAAGAUGGGCUCACUUCCACCGUCACUGGCUGGAGGCCGCCUGCCAAGUAGUAGCAACUUCCGGCCCGCCACUGGAUCUCUCCCUGCGGCCAAGCGCACGCGUCUUGCACGAUAA